CCAAGCAAAGAAACACGUAAACGACGGUCUACUGACGAGACAAACUUUUCUACAAAUGGUAAUCCUAAAAGAAUAUGCUUUGAACAGAGAGAAAGGUUCAUUGACUCUCUUGUCGGGUGUGACAGAAUCAGCGCCGAGGAAUUAGCUACCCGAGCGGAUGAACUGAGAGCUGAAGUCCAGGCGCUGGACGAGCUUGCGAGAGCCAAAGAGAUGGAGUGGAAUGAAAUUUUAAGCAUGAGGAAACUUAAAGAAGAAGCUUACCUGAGAGUUGAGAGAAAGAGACAAGUUAUGGGUUUUCUAGAGAAUAAUAACGGUCAGAUGUCUGACAGUUUACCACCAGCAAGUCUAUCGUUGAUGUCUGAGUGGAGUGAAUCCCAUCGAGAAGCCAGUCAAGAACGCCGGGCUCAAGAGACUCCAAGUGCCAGUGAUGUUACUCAUGAAGAGAGAGUAAACUCGAGAUUGCGGGUUGAAGUCGGACGGGAAAAUCUUCAAGGUACAGAAGAUGAAAUUCCUCUGGCAAUUUCAAAGGGCGAUGAUGAGGUGGCAAAUUUGAGUCAAAAGUCAUCGAGAAAUGCUUCCGGAGUGUCUUCCAAGCACCAGCACCAGCACCAGCACCAGCAACAACAGCUUGUUGACGGACGAAAGCUAAGACGUUCUGCUGGUGAGCAAAAUUUAGAUAAUAGACAAAUUGGCGAAGGUCGACAAGGCCCGAUCGUUGAUGUCAGAUCAAUAAUUGCUGAUUACCGGUUACGGCAUCCAGAAACGGUACCUCGUCGCGGCAGGAGGAUGAGGAAUUCUGUUAAUGUUAAUCUUGGAGCUGGCGGCGCGAUGGUUGAAACAGGUCACGGAGAUUCUAGACCUUCUAGCACUGACUCGUGCAAAAGUAACUCCAAUGUUGGAGACGUUAAUAAUCCAAUGAGUUUCAAAGAUGUUCUUGUGCAAUUUGCUAAGCUUAGCCAACAGCAGGGUGAACCUGUAAAAACCCCACAAAAUUAUCCGGAUGUAACCCUUCAUCCUGUCGCACCGACUACGGUUACCAUAAAUCCGGCGGCUUCUACUCAGCAAACGGGAUCGCUUCUCCAUGGAAUAUUGACUAAAAAUCAAACGCCUCGACCUACUACAUUCUCGCCGACUCUUGCUAGAUUAUUAACCGCGCCUGAGAGAGAAAGAAAUUCCGCGGCGUCUGCUGCUGUGAUGACCCAGCAGAUAACUCACGGACAAAAUCUUCUUCAAGCUUAUCAAGGAACUAAUCCAGUCUCUAUCAGUGAUCUCCUUUCUUCUUCCAAGGCGCGAACUGAAAUUACAAUUACUCCGGUAGUGAACACUCAGAUACCGUCUACUCAUUUAAAUAACGUUGUUCAUGUGGAUGACGUUGAAGAGGACAAUUCUCUUAUUGAUGAGAGAGAUACCAGACGAGGUUCAAGUAUCCGUGAUAAUCGCGAGGACCGUGAUACUCCUCCCCGUUGUCAAGGAUGUCACGACCGUACUGCUCAGUUUGUUUGUGCUGGCUGUGGUAACCAAUGGUAUUGCAGUCGAGAGUGCCAGAGCAUUUAUUAUUUUAAGCCAACUUAUCCGAUUUCAUGG